UCAGACGCACUGCUUCAUUAUGUGUGGUCAGCCUAUUUCCCUUAGCGGCUUCCACUGGAUUCAUCGCAGCCAAACUUGAAGAUUACAAAAAAAAAAAAAAAUGCAUUUGAAAGCGACGAUGUCAUGAUUUAUUCCACAAAGCUAAAGUUUACAUGAAGGUCAAGUCAUGGGUGACUGGUCCAUUCUUGGCCGUUUUCUGUCCGAGGUCCAAAACCACUCGACGGUGAUCGGCAAGAUCUGGCUCACCAUGCUGCUGAUCUUCCGCAUCCUGCUGGUGGCCCUGGUGGGAGACGCCGUCUACAACGACGAACAGUCAAAGUUCACCUGCAACACCCAGCAGCCCGGAUGCAACAACGUCUGCUACGACACGUUUGCGCCCGUUUCGCAUCUGCGAUUCUGGGUGUUCCAAAUCGUGCUGGUGUCCACGCCAUCCAUUUUCUACAUUGUGUUUGUUUUGCAUAAAAUUGCCAAAGACGAGAAAGUGGACGGUCAACAAGCGGCGGUGCUGAGGCGGAGGCCUUCACGGCAGAGGUCCGGACAGAAGGACGGAAUGGAGGCGGUACGGGUAGGGGUGUCUCCUUACUGUCCCCAGUUCAGGGAGGACUGGGACGAGAGCGAACGAGCGCAGCAAAGUUUCCUCAAGGAGGCUCGAGCUGAUCUGGGAGAAGACCCCACUCGGCAGUCCGACCAGGUUCUGCUCAUUUAUAUCCUUCACGUGUUACUUCGAUCCGUCAUGGAGAUCACCUUCCUGGUGGGCCAGUACUUGUUAUUCGGGUUCGAGGUUCCUCACCUGUACCGCUGUGAAACCUACCCUUGCCCGACUCGCACGGACUGUUUUGUAUCCCGUGCCACAGAGAAAACCAUUUUCCUCAACUUCAUGUUCAGCAUCAGCCUGGGAUGCUUCGUGCUCAACAUCGCCGAGCUCCACUACCUGGGCUGGGUCUACAUUUUCCGUGUGCUCUGCUCGGCUUGCUCCACGUGUUGCGGUCAGGAGACGGAAUCGGUGAAGAUGUACCCCAAGCAAAACCCGCUCCUGCUGCAACUCAGGCAUUCUCUCAGAGGUCAGCUGGUUCUGCAGACCCGAUCGGCCGUGGCCGAGAAGACCGGAGGGGUUCUUUCGCACGCUCCGGCUAUCUCCUUUGAGACGGACUCCACGGUGGAAUGCACCUCCAAGAGGAGUCCGGAGAACUUGGACAAGGUGAAGGUCAAGUUGGCCAGACUGGGACGUACCAAGAAGUCUUGGCUGUGAGAUCCAUAAGGUACAUGAUCUGGAGUAUUACUUUUACAAUACAAUACAGUUUUUCCCGCCUUGUACUUUUCAUUUUUUUCAGCCAACGGUUCCUCAGUAACUACUUUACUUAGUUUACAUACAGUGGUACCUUGGUUUUCAUUAUUAAUCUGUUAAGAGUUAAGAGUCCAUCUGAAAAUCAGUCAAGGUCAAUUCAAUGGCGCUCAAGGGAAAUAGAACAUUGAUAUAAAACCUCCUGCGGAUUUUAUUUUACUACGAUAAAUGGGUUACUGUAAUACUGCAAAUAAUAUAACACAAUAUAAUAUAAUCUCCUUUGAGACGGACUCCACGGUGGAAUGCACCUCCAAGAGGAGUCCGGAGAACUUGGACAAGGUGAAGGUCAAGUUGGCCAGACUGGGACGUACGAAGAAGUCUUGGCUGUGAGAUCGAUAAGUACCGUGGUAAUAAAGAUACACGAUCUGGUGCUGAGUAUUACUUUUACAAUACAAUACAGUUUU